AUGUCUUGGAGGAUAUUCCGCGAUGAUAUGCAGAUUGUCGAUGAGGAGCAAGUGAAGUCUAUGCUUUCGCUGGGUUCGCAGAGGACGAAGUUGUCAAACUCGAACAUGACGGUUCUGCAACAUCAUGCAAUCAUUGGAGUGAACACCCAUGCAACGUAUCAUAUGUACGAGCAGCGACGACCAAUCAAAUUCACUCGUGGCGACCUCACACUGCUCGCUAGGAUGAAGCAAGUAGUACACGACAACUUAAAUCCGUUCCUUGGUAUUGCUUUCAAUGAAAAGUCUGAAAUGCUCUUGUUAUGGAAAUUCUGCUCUCGAGGAACACUACAGGAUGUGAUUUAUAACGAGAACUUCGCUCUAGACGAGAAAUUCCAUGCAGCAUUCGUCAAGGACAUUACAUCGGGCUUGGAAUACCUCCAUCUAUCAGCGAUUGGCUAUCACGGGGCUCUAACAACCUGGUCAACACUCAUUGACCGUAACUGGCAAGUCAAACUGACAGAUUACGGAAUCGCUGACGCCGUGAGUAGAUGGACAAAGCACGGAAUUAUUAACGAGGAAAUACUGAAGGAUGGAGAGGAAAAAACGAACGUUGCCCAAAAAACAGCUAUACUCUACGUCGCUCCAGAAAUACGACUUGCUACUGAGCAUAAUAAAAAUCGUCGGGUCGAUCAAGCAUGGGUAAAACAGACACUGGAGAAGCGAAGAUCUGCCGAUAUCUACGCUUUCGGAAUGGUUAUGUAUGAGAUUCUCUUCAGAAAUUAUCCGUACAGUGACAAAACGGACAUCAGCGAGCUCACGGAGAAAGCAGCUGCAGGGGAAAAAAUUUCUCGACCAUCAUUUCAGAGGGACAAACAAAUCCAUCCAGACCUACAGGCUCUUCUACAGGAUUGCUGGCAUGACUCUCCCGACGCUCGUCCAUCGAUUCGACGUGUACGACUGUCCUCAGCGGCCAUCCUAAAGACGAAAGGAAGUUUGGUGGAUUCGAUGACACGAAUGAUGGAGGAGUAUGCGAACAAUUUGGAGAAACUCGUGAGCGAGAGGACAGGAAUGCUCGAGCAGGCAACUGUUCGAGCUGACAAACUGCUAUCUCAACUCCUACCGAAGUAUGGAUAUCCCGCUAAUACUGCAAUUUUUACAGUCUCCAAGACUUCCUAA